AUGGCGGACGUCAGCGAGGUUUUAAUGUCGGUUUUGUCCACAAUUCGAGUGCCGAAGCCCGGGGACCGCGUCCACAAAGAUGAAUGCGCCUUGUCAUUUUCCUCCCCGGAAAGCGAAGGAGGUUUGUACGUGUGCAUGAACAGCUUCCUGGGUUUUGGAAGUAAAUAUGUAAAAAUGCACCACGAUCGCGCUGGUCAGAGGGCUUACUUGCACAUCACCAGGACUCGAAAGGCCAAGAAGGAAGACGAUACCAGCUCAGGAUCAGGACACCCACCCAAGAAGAAGCCCACUAGACUGGCAAUAGGGAUCGAAGGCGGUUUUGAUGUGGCGCAGGAGCACUACGAGGAAGACUACAAGGUAGUCAUUUUUCCUGACAGACAGGAAGUCACAUCGGAGGACCUUGAAUCCAUGCCUGACGUCGUCAAAGAACGAGUAUCCCUUUCAAUGGCGGGCAUCAUAGCUGCUGACUCUGCGUCUCACACCUUACAAGUACAACAGUGGGACGGCGAGGUGCGACAAGAGUCACGAUUCGCCGCGGACCUCAAGCAGCUGGACAACGGUGUCAAGAUCCCUCCGAGCGGCUGGAGGUGCGAAGUGUGCGGCCUCCAGGAGAAUCUCUGGAUGAACCUGACGGACGGCAAAGUGCUCUGCGGUCGCAGGUAUUUCGAUGGCUCUGGCGGCAACAACCACGCCUUGCAGUACUUUCAGGAGACAGGGUAUCCCCUAGCAGUUAAACUGGGAACCAUCACCCCCGACGGAGCAGAUGUUUACUCUUAUGAUGAGGAUGACAUGGUGCUAGACUCCAAGUUACCGGAGCACCUUUCACACUUUGGCAUCAACAUGAUGACCAUGGAGAAAACCGAGCGAACCAUGACGGAGCUGGAAAUCGCCGCGAACCAGCGCGUCGGAGAAUGGGAAGUCAUCCAAGAGUCCGGGACCACCCUCCGUCCGCUGUACGGGAAAGGCCUGACCGGCAUGAAGAACCUGGGAAACAGCUGCUACCUCAACUCUGUCAUGCAAGUGCUCUUCACCGUUCCAGACUUUGUGAGCAAGUAUGUGGACAAGAUAGACAAGAUUAUUGAAGAGACCCCAAGUGAUCCCACUCUAGACUUCAAAACCCAAGUAGCCAAACUAGGUCACGGGCUGUUGUCGGGCGAAUAUUCCCAACCAGCACCAGAUCUUGGGGAUGAAAACGGUGCUGCAGAGUCCAAGGAAUACCAAAUCGGCAUAGCACCAAUAAUGUUCAAAGCUCUUGUCGGCCGGGGUCACCCGGAGUUCUCCACCAAUCGACAGCAGGACGCUCAGGAGUUCCUGUUGCACUUCAUAAAUAUGGUGGAGAGAAACUGUCGCUCAGGGCCCAACCCUUCAGAAGCGUUCCGCUUCCUGGUGGAAGAGAAGAUUGUAUGUCAGCAGUCCCAGAAGGCCAAGUACACACAGCGGGUGGAUUACAUCAUCCAGUUGCCUGUGCCCAUGGACCAGGCCAUCAACACAGAUGAGCUUCAGGAGGUGGAGCGUCAGCGUGAGAACGGCGACUCAACGGUCACGCCCGUGCGUGCGCAAAUCCCCUUCUCUGUUUGCUUGGCUGCACUUAGCGAACCCGAACUCCUCACAGACUUCUGGAGCUCGGCCGUGCAAGCGAAGACCACUGCCACCAAAACAUCACGCUUUGCCUCAUUCCCAGACAACCUGGUUAUUCAGAUUAAAAAGUUUACAUUUGGGCUUGACUGGGUGCCCAAAAAACUAGAUGUGAGUAUUGACGUCCCUGACACGCUGGACCUGAGCGCAUUGCGUGCGUCGGGGCAGCAGCCGGGGGAAGAGCUCUUACCAGAGGUGGCCCCGACCUCACUCAUGACCCCCGAUGUGGAGGUUAAAGGUAUCCUGGGCUCCCACGGCAACGAUGAGGACGACUCUCUCUACUCCCCACUGCUGUCUCCCGCCCUUGACGACUUGACCGUGUCACAACUCGUCGACAUGGGAUUCCCCCUGGAGGCGUGCCGGAAAGCCGUGUACUACACAGGCAACACCGGCAUCGACUCUGCCAUGAACUGGGUUAUGGGUCACAUGGACGAUCCAGAUUUCUCAGCACCAUUGGUGUUGCCUGGCUGCAGUGGCGGAACCACGCCGACGAUGGAAAGCGUCUCUGAGGAGCACCUGGCUACCAUCGUGUCUAUGGGCUUCAGCAGAGAACAAGCAACCAAAGCACUUCGAGCAACGAGCAAUACUUUGGAGCGGGCCGUGGAUUGGAUCUUCUCGCACCUGGAUGACUUGGAGUCCAUGGAGGUGUCGGAAGGAGGCCGAUCUGCAACAGAGAGCGAGGCUGCUCGAGAGCCUCCUCCCGGGCCCUGCGUCAGAGACGGGCCAGGCAAAUAUGAACUGUUUGCUUUCAUCAGCCACAUGGGAACGAGCACAAUGUGUGGCCACUACGUGUGUCAUAUCAAGAAGGAUCAGCAAUGGGUCAUCUUCAACGACCAGAAGGUGUGUGCAUCUGAGAAGCCCCCCAAGGAUCUAGGCUACCUUUACUUCUACCGACGGGUGGCGGAAUGA